AUGUUUUAUGUUCACAACAUUUUAGUGAUGAAUGUUUUGAUCGAACAUCCCUGGAAACAGUAUUUAGUCGUGAGGACAUUUAACCCAGAUCACACAAAAACUGUAAAGAAUGUGGAUAAAAAUAUAUUUUCAGUUCUUAAAAAUAGUUAUCAAUGUACCCCAGCUGUACCAGGUCCAUCUAAAUAUAGUGAUACCUUGGCGAUGAUUCCCACAUCUAUUCGGUUACGUACUCCUUUACCCUCUCCAGGCAAGUCAUCUACAUGUGAGACAACUGUGGAUACAUCCCGCGAAAGAAUUUUGAAAAGGAAGAUUUGUGAAUUGCAGCAUAAUGAUAUUAUAAAAAACGUUAAAAUUAGAGAAUUGCAAAAGAAAAUUUGGCGACAAAAAAACAAAUUUUAUCUUUAA